ACGCCUCUGGGAGCCUCCCUGGAUGAGCAAAGCAAUCCUCUGUUGAAGGGCAUGCUGGUGAGAAAUGGAGGAAGUUUCGAAGAUGACUUAUCCCUGGGAGCUGAAGCUAAUCAUCUACGGAGUGAUACCCAAAUGGAAACAUGCAAUGGUGUGCUGGCGAAGGAGAGGAGGCUGCAGUUCCACCAAAAGGGGAGAAGUAUGAACUCCACCGGCUCUGGAAAAAGCAGUGCGACUGUUUCAAGUGUUUCUGAAUUACUGGAACUUUAUGAGGAAGAUCCCGAAGAAGUGCUCUAUAACCUUGGAUUUGGAAGAGAUGAACCAGAUAUUGCGUCAAAAAUUCCAGCAAGAUUUUUUAAUUCAUCAUCUUUUGCCAGAGGGAUAGAUAUCAAAGUGUUUUUGAAUGCUCAAAUACAGCGCAUGGAAGUGGAGAAUCCAAAUUUUGCUUUGACAAGUCGUUUUCGUCAGAUUGAAGUGCUUACUACUGUGGCCAAUGCUUUUUCUUCUUUGUAUUCUCAAGUCUCUGGGACUCCUUUGCAGAAGAUUGGUAGUAUGAAUUCAGUGUCUUCCAGCAAAGAGGCAUCCAGCCCCCCGCCUUUAAAUCGCAGCAAUACAGCCAGUCGCUUAAUGAAGACCUUGUCUAAGCUCAAUCUGUGCGGCACACAGCAAGCCGAUGGUAGCGGCUGCUCAACUCCUUCACCUGUUGAAAAAGGGAAGAGUCCAGCUGAACCAGGGAGCGAAGAAAAUGAUGUGAAAAAUGAAUCUAAAUUACCAAAAUACCCUAAAAAGAAAGACUCUCCCUCUUCUCUGGCUACUGUGAAAGAGGAGAUAGCCAGUAGUCAGGCAAAUGCUGCGGACACACGUAAACCUGCAAACCUUCCUGCUGGGACUGAUGAUAAGCGAGAGGGUACUGUGCCUCCAGCAGAUGCGCAAAGCAGCAGGUUGGAAAACGCCCAGGAUAGACUGUGUGAGGAAUCGGUGCUUUUGGACUCGCCGAGCCUCAGCAGCAGCUCCAGCACAUCCAACAGCAGCGUCUUGACACAAAGGCUACCCACGGCAUCGCCGGGGAGAGACCUCUGCACUCCCCUCGCAAACCCAUCCAUAAUGAAUCUAAUACUGCAGCAGAAGGACUCCUUUGAGAUGGAAGAGAUCCAGAGUACAGAGGGGGAUCUACCACAUGUUCCAGCUUCUCACCAGCUGGCAGUGACCAAGUCAAGGAAAGAUCAGCUGUUACGGACCGCGAGUCAGCACUCUGACAGCAGUGGCUUCGCUGAGGACUCCUCCACAGAUUGUUCUCCAUUUAAUCAGCUUCAGGUUCAGGAGUCUUUGCAGGGCAUGGGAAGCAGUGCUGACAGCUGUGACAGUGAGACAACCGUGACGUCGCAGAGUGAGGAACAGAAGACACCAAUAGCCAAGGAACUGCCCUGUUUCAAUAAGUUUGAGGAGGAGGAAGAUAAUGAUGAUGAUGAUGAAGAUGACGAUGAUGAAGAGGAUAUUAUCUCUCAAGUAGAGAGACGAAAGGUAGGAGCACCUUCUGAGAACAGAAUGAGCGAAUGCAGAAAAAUUAUUGACUAUGAAACUGAACAAAAUCAAGGAGGAGAAAGCAAGUCUUCUCACAUACCAAAGACAGUCCAAGGAGAGGUCAACUCUAAAGAGGAAGACAUUUCCAGUGAGCAAAAAGCAUUGGACCUGCUGGAGGAGGGCAGUGUAUUUGAGUUUCCUCAGUACCACACGCACCAUAUCCUCAAGUCGAUGGAGUCUCUAGAAGGUGGUGUCUCCUCCCCAUCGUCCAUGGACAAAGUUCAUGUCGCCUUGCAAAGAGCUGAGAUGAGGAUCAUGAGCACAUCUGAUUCCAGGGCCGGACGCACUCCGCUUAAGUCAAAAGAUCUCCUGAGGAAGCAGAGGCUCUGGUUUGCUGAGUCAGGCUAUCCCCUAAGGCGGUCUCAGUCUCUCCCAACUGCGUUGCUGAAUCCAGUGAAAGUGGUGUCCUCUGUGAAUGUCCAGUUAACUCCAGGAAAAGAGACUCUGUGUGGUCCUCCUUCAUUCACCUACAAGUACACAGGUGUGGAGGAAGACAAGAAACCAAUGUCUGAGAAUGAGAAAAGUGAGGGCGAGGCAGCCACCAGCCAGGCGGUGUGCAAAUCCACGCUGUUCAUUGCACCUUCGUCCUCCAAGAAAGAAGUGCCACAGACUGGGCCCAACAGACUGUCCGAGGAACCCAGUCCCACCAGGGUACAGAGCUGCCCGCUGCACACGCCGACACGCAUGUCCCAGUCGACGUGCUCCCUCCACUCCCUCCCCGCCGAGUGGCAGGACAGACCGCUCUGCGAGCAUGUGAGGACACUGAGCACCCACAGCAUCCCGAGCAUCUCCAGCUCUUCCUACGGCACCUUGCUUUCCCCCUUCAGCUGUCCUUUCUCUCCAAGGCAUGCUGCAUUUCCUCAUCGACCUCAUGCCAUCAACCCUCCCUCCACCGUGGAGAUGCAGCUGCGCAGGGUCCUACAUGACAUCAGAAACUCUCUGCAGAACCUCUCACAGUACCCGGUGAUGAGGGGUCAGGAUCUUUCAGCAGGCACCGGUUACACUACUCAGAGAUCAUCCAUUCUACCUCUCUAUGAAAAUACUUUCCAGGAGCUGCAAGUCGUAAGGCGAAAUCUAAACUUAUUCAGAACCCAAAUGAUGGAUUUGGAAUUAACUAUGUUACGUCAACAGACAACAGUUUAUCAGCACAUGACAGAAGAGGAAAGAUAUGAAGCUGAUCAGCUACAGAGCUUGAGAAAGUCUGUCCGCAUGGAGCUACAGGAAUUAGAGAUGCAGUUAGAAGAACGUCUGCUUGCUCUGGAAGACCAGCUGAGAAGUCUGCACAUGUCUUCACCUUACAGACCUCAGACACACAUAGGUAUUUAUGGAAGCAGAAGUGCUGAUAAUCUAUCAUGCCCUUCUCCAUUGAAUGUCAUUGAACCAGUCUCUGAACUUAUUCGAGAGCAGUCAUUUCUGAAGUCUGAACUGGGUUUAGGGCUGGGAGAUCUUGGACUGGAAACUCUCCCAGCAGAGGGUACAGAGUCCGUAUUCUCCCAUGGAAACUCUGAUUCCUCUUCAGUGUGCUCCGGACAUGCAGGUAGAAAAGCUGGUGUUGGAUCCGCUGAACUAACAGGAAAGUCUAAGAGUCAAAGCAGGAAGUUAUACCGAGCCUCUGUUGCCUUAACACCAACUCCGCCGGUGAGAGCAGGCACUGGACAGCAGGUAGAAAGCUCUGAGGAGCUUGCAGACUCCAAGCCAGAGGUGGAACACAAACUUGAAAAAGCCCCUCUCAUGCCUUCGGUUGAUGAAAUCCACAAAAGUGUGGAGCAGGAGGAGCUGCAGCAAGUCAUACGGGAGAUCAAGGAAUCUAUUGUUGGUGAAAUAAGGCGAGAAAUAGUAAGUGGAUUGUUAGCAGCUGUAUCGCCCCAAAGCAGAUCUGCAACUGCAAAACAAGAUACACAGCCAUGAAACGGGUACUACAGGUUGGAUGUAGCCCGAAAUGCUGUGAGAUUCUACUUUGGGCGGCGUACGCUGGUGAAAGUGUCAAGUUAUUUUUGCUUCAGGAGAUGUUAAAGCUGCUGAGAUAGGCUACUGUAUUCGACGCUUGGUUCUAUGAUGUGUACCUUUCCUUGAGUUCGUCUUAAAGACUUAGACACUUUAACUACUUCAUUACUUUUCUUAAAGCAGCAACAAAACUGUGGCUCUCUGAAAGGUUUUCUAUUUAUUUGUAUGUCCCUAUUGUAAAUUUUUAUGUAGCUAAUUUCUUUGUUUAAUAAUGCAUCAUGAAACUUGAAGAUUUCCAGACAUAACCAAUUUAUAAAUAACACACACGUGUUCAGCCUAGCUUUUUUAAAAAAAAAUGAAAAAAAACCCCAC